AUGGAAGCAAAGGCUGCAGAGCUCCUCGCGGCCUUUAAAAACCCCAACAUCUCCAUUGAUUCUCGAGUGAACCACCUUACCAGCAUCAAGUCCGAUAUUAAACAAAAAAAUGUCCCCGAGGGUGCCAUUCCGAUUCUUUUCGAGGCAAUUCGACUCGCUAUCACUUCUCAGCACUAUUCCGUCUCUAGCGCUGGAUUUUCCACACUCGGCCAUUACUUGAAGCGGCUUUCGAUCCAAGACCAACAGCAACAUAUUGCUAAUGCGGCGCGGGGCUUCUACCCUCUGUUGAUGGAGCGCCUCGGUGACCAUAAAGAACGAAUUCGAGCUCAAUCCGCAUCGAUAUUUACCGAACUAUGGCCGGUCGCUGGCGAAGACGUGGAAUACUAUGUGCUGCAAUGCGCCAUGGUGGGCAAAAACCCCAGAGCCAAGGAAAUGAGCAUGCUUUGGCUAUCUAAUAUGACAAAGAACCACGGCUUGUUGUUUCGUUCGCAUGUACCGUCUCUGGUCGCAUGUCUAGAGGACGCCGACAGUGCCGUUCGGGAUACAGCGAGAUUGGUUGUAGUGGAAUUGUUCCGAAACGCAUCCGCGAGAGCCAAAUCUGAUCUGCAGAAACAGCUGGCCGCGCGCAGUGUAAGGAAGUCAAUUGCUAACGCCAUCCUCUCCGGAAUUGGACUCGGCGCAGACGAGCCUCAGACUUCCGCCCGCCCCCUUUCCCGGGCUGAACGUCCGAUCUCAGUCAUGUCCUCCCGUUCGCAUGCCAAAGAACUCCCAGAUGAUGGUUCGUUUGUCGAUCCCCCAGAUAUCCCAAUGGACAAUUCGUCUAACGACAAUACAGAAUUGGAAUUUUCAAAAAGUAGGCCAGUCGCGAGAAUUCACCACGACCGAUCAGCUCAAUCUGUUGAGCCACCUUCUAGACCUAAGACUCCGGCCGAAGCCCCUACCUCUCAAAGCCCAUCUCAAGAAGAUCGUGUUGAGCCGCUUCUUGUUUCCUCCCCCAGAGACAUUGACGAUCUCGUGCGAGAUAUGCUUCCUUGGUUCGAUGGCAAGGAGUCAGAGGACAACUGGCUGAAGCGUGAGAAGAACGUCAUUCUCUUCCGAAGACUCACGUGCGGUAAUGCGCCUCAUGAUUUCUCUCAGAGCUAUCUUGGUGCCACAAAAACACUCCUUGACGGAAUUUUCAAGGUUGUCAGUUCCCUGCGAACGACUCUUUGCAGCAACGGCUGUCUCUUGGUUCAAGAUAUUGCCCAAGUCUGCGGACCCAAAGUCGACGGGAUGGUUGAAAUUAUGAUGCAAAACCUCAUUAAACUGUGCUCAUCUCUGAAAAAGAUUGCCGCUCAGAAUGGCAAUGCAACGGUUGAGGCGGUCCUUGGCAACGCGACUUACUCCAUCCGCAUCAUGCAACACGUCCACUGGGCCUGUCAGGACAAGAAUGUACAGGUACGCCUGUUUGCUGCUGGAUGGCUCCGGAUGUUAAUCAUCCGACAAGCUCAUCAAAAGAGUACCAUUGAGCAUGGUGGUGGUCUGGAUCUCAUUGAAAAAUCAAUUAAGAAGGGCCUAGGCGAUGCCAAUCCUGGUGCAAGGGAAGGUUUCCGUAGCACUUUUUGGACAUUCUAUGGCGUUUGGCCUUCUCAGGCUAAUGCCAUAAUGGCUGAUCUUGACGCGAAAUCCCGGUCUCUACUGGAGAAAGACGCAUCGAACCCGAAUGGUACUAAAAAGCCCACCACUCCUGCAAAGGGUCCUGGUGGUCCUAGUGGCGCACGUUCGGCUCUCAGAGAUGUCAUUGCUGCUCGCAAAAAGGCUGCUAUACCGUCCCGGCCAGAGUCUGCUCAAUCGGCCUUUGACACGUUAGAUCCUGCACCUAAGCCUGCGACGCGCAGUGUACCCACCGGCGCACCGCUUUCUUCGUUGUCAUCGGCACCGAUGCGACCUGGCGCGAAGCCUCGACGAGCCGAAAUAAGUCGCCCUGCAACUGCCGAUCCUUACGCAUCCCGACCUGGAUCUCGAGCCGGUCAAAGUACCAGCAAGCCAGCCAGCUCGCCAAGGUCUGUGAGGUCCAAGGCAUCCACACCUUCUUCAAAAAUGAUUAGUGCUCCUCGUCUUCGGCCUCACGAAGCUGGACAGACUGGCACCACUCGCGGCAAGCCCAAGAAGCUUGAUCUUUCAAAAUCCAAGUCUCACGGCGAUCUCCGUGCGGUCAGCCACUCGCGUAGCAAUUCCGACGAUAGCAUUGCAAACCAACAUGCCCACCACUUGGAUCCACCGAGUGCACCUGAGGAUCAGGACUCGCCAGCACUUGUUGUAUUGGAAAGCCCUCCACUUGCCCCAUCUCAGCCACCGUCGGUUCAUCGUGUACAGCCCGAGGUUAGCCGUCAAGCCACGCCGGAACCUGAAGCGGAACCACAAACGCUGUCGCUUGAAGAGCCUCGUGCUGAUACUCCCUCCCCACGCGCCGAGGUGUCGUAUGCGGGAUCGCCUUUGCGCCAUUCAGUUCUGAGAUCCGAACCUGAGCCAGUUGCCAGGAGUCAACCUGAGGAGAUGGUUAUAUACGAAGACCCUGCUACACCUGUUGCUGCAGGGGCCGACGUACCAGAGGCUGAAUCAGAGGAGCCCUCGACUCCCGAAGAAUCACCUCGUCGGGCUGAAGAGCAAGAGUCAUACGAUGAGCCCAUGUCCACGACUCCGGCCAGGUUGGAAACCCCGGCUAAAAAUCCUGCUCUGGAACUGGCUCCCACACAAGGUACGAUGGACGGUAUGAAUGAAUCGUCCCCCCAAUCCGUCCGCAGGUCUCCUCUUCGAGGAAGCCCCUCUCCAUCGAGAAACUGGGCUCCCGCUACGCCUUCCGGCAGGGGCUCUGCUUCUCCGCAUCGACCUGCUGCCGCGCCCGUAUUUGAAGGGAUAACCAAUAACGAGAAUGCCACAGCACAGUUGAACAAGCUUGCUACCCCACGAUCUGUGACCAAGCCAGGUGCCUUGGAAGAGGUACCACUGAACGAGACAAUCUCACAAACAAGGGGCCGGUCCGCUGAAUCCCCGAGUCAGUCUACAACAAGCGAGGAGCCUGUACGCCGUCGAAAGUGGGCUGAGCGACAUCGAAGCCCAAGCCCCCGAUCUAAGGAUCCUGGCAAUGCGCAAGAGAUGCUUGGGAAGGCUCUCAGCCGUAUCGGCUCUAAGACGAUCGAUAUCUCUGGGUACCGGAAGCUACAAGGGCUUUUCCAGUACCACGGCGAAGAGAUCGUUACUCGAAACCAGGACUACUAUGCAAUGCUUGAUGCUCUGCUGGGCGAAUUGGAGUCGGCACCCACCAGCCGCAAAGAUCACGAUGUGAAGACUCAGAUCCUGGCGACUAUCCGCUCCAUGCUCCUCCGUACUAGUGAGCUGUUCCACCGAUACGACGUCCGUGCUAUGGCGGCUGUCAUUCGCGCGCGACGACACUACGAGUCGAGCUCACACUUUGUCACCUGCCUGGAAGAAGUGGCGGAACAACUGGCCUCUUUGGUCUCAACCACUACAGUCAUCGACGGUGUCCUACGAGGUCUAGACAUGGGCGAGGACUCUCACAGUGACGGGGCCUCCCGGUCGAUCAUCAUGGGUCUCUCGAUUAUCUAUCAGUCCCUUUCCCAAGGACCCGCCGAGAUUUCCGACGACACCCUGGCGACCGUUGGAACAGUGGUCAGCCAGCAACUGGGCCAUCCCCGGCCCGGAGUGCGCAAGCAGGCCACCGAGCUAUGCACUCUGCUGAACCUCAAGUUCGGACUGGACCGAGUGCAGAAGGCGACUCCACCAGCUGGCGAGGGAUCGCUCAACCUCCUCACGUAUUUCAUGGCCCGUCGGUCUCGGUAA